CCUAAAGGGGAGGGUUUGUAGAGCAGAGAAACGAAAUACUACUUUCGGUUGUCUUGUGAAGUUAAUAAGUGACUGGAAACAACUCUUUCCUGAAGCAUGUAGCCAGACUAGAAGCAGGCAGUUAGUUUGAGUGAGAACUUUACUUUGACAGACACAAUGGCUAUUGCUGUGUUCAAAUACUCCCCAGUGGACUUCCUUUUCACUUCUGUGGGUCUGAUAUUCCUGCUGCUCGACAUAGCUCUGGAUGUGUAUGCUGUUGUUGCCUUCUACUUGGAAAAGGCCUACGUGCCCCUUGGUUUCCUGCUGCUGUUCCUGGUGGGCUCGUCUGUUCUCGUCCAGGCUUUCAGCUGGCUGUGGUACAGCUACGACGACUUUGAAAAGCGGACGAAGGUUGAGAAGUGCCUGAACAAGAAAGUGCUCAAACUUCUCCAUGUGCUGCAGCUGGGAAUCUACUUCAGGCAUGCAAGUGUCUUUGAGAUGUCUGUAUGCGGCAGAGACCCAAAGGACUUUGCGGUGUACCUGAGCCAUGACCUCAGCAUGCUGCGGCUCAUAGAGACCUUCGCAGAGAGCUCGCCUCAGCUCGUGCUCAUGCUCACUGUCAUUAUGCAGCGGGGAGAGCUCGAUCCUGUGACAGUGUUAAAGGCCGUCGGCUCAGCCUCAGCCAUCGCCAUCAGCGUGACCAUGUACCACCGCUCGUUGCGCUCCUUCCUGCCCGACAAGAAGCUGCAGGUGAUGACGUCAUCGGUGGUCUACUUUCUCUGGAACUUGUUUCUCCUCUCGUCUCGCCUCACCGCCCUCGCCCUUUUCGCCUCCGUGCUGCCCUGCUUCAUCGUCACCCACUUCCUCUGCUCUUGGAUACUUUUAUUCUUCUUCGUCUGGCGAUGCAAGACUGACUUCAUGGAGAGCCGUUUUGGAGAAUGGCUUUACCGAGCCACCGUAGGCCUCAUUUGGUAUUUCAACUGGUUUAAUGUGGUCGAGGGGAAGACGAGGUACAGGACUGUGCUCUAUCAUGGGUACAUACUGCUCGAUAUGUUCCUCCUCUGCAGUUUGUGGUACUGGAUGAUGAGUACAGACCCACCUUAUUAUAAAAUUCCGCACUUGUAUGCUAUAAUCAUUGCUGUCGGUGUCUUUGCGGUUUAUAUUCUCGGCCUCUUUUGUAAAAUGAUAUAUUAUCAGUGCUACCAUCCAAAUCUUGCCAAGGAGGAGUUGAAAGGGGACACAAUAGAUCAGGAACCAAUCAGUAAAGAAACACAAGCUUUAGAUGUGCCGGACUUUCCUGUGCUCAUGCUUCGCUCUCAAAUAGAGACGGACUCGAUGACAGAUGUUACAGAUCGCAGCGGCGCGCCCGCACCCGAGAGAAAACCCUGCAACAAGAGAAUGAGGAAGUUGGCCGAGAACUUCUACUCCUGACCUGCAUCACUUGACAUCCACCGGACAUGGAAGUUAGAAAGAGUCACACACCACAUCAUCCUCAUUAAUUAAGAUCACACGGUCGUGUCAAUCACGUGUUAACCACAGAUACAACCUCAAGACUUGACUUUAAGUGACGAUUGCAUUACCUGGUGCUGCUGUGUACAAAAGCACAUAAAGCUGCCAAUCAUUAUUUAAUCUGUUUUCCUGUUAAAGGAUCGGUUCACAAUGUUAAAUGUAUAAUACUAAAUACUUAAAUGGCGAUAUGUACACUGAAAUAUUGUUUUUAAAGAUCAGUUCUCAAUGCUGUACCAGUAUAAGAUGUCUUUCUAUGCAAACAUAUAUUAAUUAAUUUAAAGCAGUGAAGUUGCAGAUUGUAACCAACUGAAUACAGCUAGGCCUUCCAAGUGUGUACGAGAAACUACGGCCCUAUCGAGGACCAGUGUUAACAUAAUAGCUCAUUGUAAGGUGACAAAAACACUACGAUCCUUUUACUCGGGUGAUUAUACGCUAAUGAAAACAGACCUAUAAGUAUUAUAUUCUAUUUCUGGAUAGAAAAUGUUACACACUGGACCUUAAAGGGAAAAUUAUUGGUGGGGAUGGUGAAUGAGCUUUAUUUUUAAAAAAGCAAGGUGCUCUCCAGCUUUAUUCAAAAUGUUAAAUGGACCCUCACAAAAUAAACCUGCAAAGCCCCUCCACAAAUAUCCCAAAACAAUAUUAAGUUUAUUAUCAAACGUGUAUGAUGAAUUAAAAGUUGUUUACAAUUUAAAGUUUAAAUCAUUGAGAUUUUCAUUAAAUUAAACCUUAUUAUUGUAUAUAGUAUGCCAGAGUUAUUUAAUGUAUUUAAAUUAAUUAUAUAUAUAUAUUGUAGUUUUUAUUGGUAGUGGCGACAGUCAGGUUGCCUACCUAUGAUAAUGUAUGAAUGUAAUCCAGCAUUAUUGUUUGUAAUUGUAUGUCACUGUUAGAAUCACUGUUUGUUGAUUGUCAUCAGACUGUAUCAGAGCUGUUUUAUCUGCUCUUUCACAGUAAAAGCAUUGAACUGGUUUGUACAUAGACAGGUAUUGUAUUAGAUUAAUUUAUCCUUUAACAGCUGCACUGAAGUGCAGUGACAUUCCUUGUUUAUAUUGAUACCAAAUGUUUAUUUUAAUAUAAUGUAAUUUCUUUUUUCUUUUACAGUAAUAAAUAAGCAGAAACUUGA